UGAUAUCGCUUUUUCAGGCUGUAAAUGACCUUAUUCUUAAAUGACAAGCUGUACAAACGAAAUGUUUACCAUCCUACGAGUUAAAUUUAUUAAAAGAUCAUGAAUCGAGACUAGCAGUCUGGCUGCUUGUCGCAUUAACUCGCCGUCUGUACACAUGGAAUUGAAUUGUAAACGUCAAAAACUACGUUCAACGUUACUUAAGAAAUUACACAAGCGACAAUAAGUCAAUAAAAARAUCAAUUGGGAAUUUUCUGGAAUGACCAAUUUGUUGACUUAGCAAAUGUGAAUCCAAUGGAAAUUUGGCCAUUUUGUAAUUUGAUCGCGGGGAUUUGUCCAAGUCUAUAUGGUUACUGAACACCGCUAACAAUUUCCAUGAACAUAACAACUAACGUCACUCGAGGAUUUGGUCGCUUAGCAACCCCGAUGGCGUGGGUCUUUGCAUUCGGCGCUGAAGCGCUUACCAUAAUAACACUGAACGCAUUGACACUAACUGUUUUAACCAGGACGUACGGAUUGAGGAAAAAAACUACGUACUUCCUAAUAAAUCUUACAAUCACGGAUCUUCUAGUGGGCCUUCUGCCGGUACCUAUGUAUAUGAUUUACAUCGCGGACGAGCCAUUGUUUUACAGGACUAAAAAUCUUCUUAAGGCAUUCCAGGCUUUGGAUAUGAUCUUCGGCGCAUGUUCAAUAUGGACAUUGGCGUUGAUUUCUAUGGAGCGUUUGUGUAUAGUAUUGAUACCUUAUUAUCAUCGCUCGGCCAAAGGAAAGAAUUACUAUUACGCCAUGGCAUUUUGUUGGCUUCUUCCUAUUCUUAUCUCAGGUCUGGGAUUCUUAGCGUCACAUGGUGUGAUCACGAGAAAGGUUUAUCUAAACUUGACGUUUAUCUUUCUUUUGUUCAUUCCCACGGCUACUCUUGUUAUCUCUCACGUUGUUCUAGGGAUCAAGUUUAAUCACCGUAAUCUAAAGAGCCGACGAGCGAGACAAGAGAAUGCCCUCAGUAAAACUCUCUUUAUAGUGACUGCAACUUUUCUCGCUAGCUUUCUUCCAUUCCAAUCUUUAGUAUUCUACAUGGCUUUAAGACCUACGAGUAUUCCACCGUUAACCGUCGUUGUAGCGUUGAAACUGCUUCAAUAUGGAAAUUCUUUCAUGAAUCCAAUCAUUUACUGGCCGAGGCUACCGGGAUUCAAGGCCGCUGCGAAAAAACUUGUUUCCAAGUCAAGACGAUACUCUAACACAGAAGUAUAGCAAGAGGCGAAAUAUGCCGUCGACGUUCAUGAUGGCGUCACAAUUCUUAUAGUUUGUAAACUCAUUAGACAACUAUGUCAGAAGUACCUAACAGUUUGAAAAGAUGACGUUAUGAGGAUGAUAUUAAUGACGAAAUGAUGACAUCACAAUGCCUAUAGUUCGUAACCUCUUUAGUAGUGAAAUUAUGGCAGCCGGCAGAACGUACAAAAGAUGACGUCAUGAUAACGUAUACAAUGACGUAGCUAUUAGUGAUGACAGUUACGGUUUUAGGAUGUUCAUAUACUACAGUAGUAUAGGAGGUUGAAUACCAUUAUAAUUAGAAUUUUCUUGCAUUUUGGCGUAAACGGCUCUUAAUGCAAAAACCUUUUUUAACAGAAUCUCAGAAGCUUUAUUUUACGUUCUAAGAUAACUUCGAAUUAUAAGUAUUUAGGAAAAAAAGUAACUUUAAAGUUUAGUUUUCGAAGAUACUUCGAAAGCGUCGUUCAACCGAUAGUUAACAAUCUCAAAUAAAAUGAAAACAAACUCAAA